GCCUCUGUAAUAGGCCACUGAACCGUCAUGAUGAUCAUAUCUGGAGAGUAAAGGCAGAGUUAAGAGAGUCUGCUGUGCUCAUUAAGACUGAAUAGACACAGAAAUGGAGCUUGGAUCCACCGUCGGUGCUGUGAGGAGUAAGAGGGUACUAGUCUGUGGUGAAGUCCGUCCUGCUCUAAUAGUUAUAAAGGAUGGGAAAAUACAUCGGAUACUCUCAAACGUCUCUGAGGAUGUUGGCUGUGAGGUGCUGGAUGUCGGGGCGAGUGUGGUGAUGCCAGGCAUUGUAGACUGCCACGUUCAUGUGAAUGAACCAGGGCGCACCUCCUGGGAGGGUUUCUGGACGGCCACCAGGGCCGCUGCAGCUGGAGGGGUAACGACUAUUGUGGACAUGCCGCUAAACAGCAUCCCUCCAACCACAACACUGGCCAAUUUCCGCGAGAAGCUGCGGGAGGCGACUGGGCAGUGUUUCGUGGACACGGCCUUCUGGGGAGGUGUGAUCCCUGGCAAUCAGCUUGAACUCCGGCCCAUGAUCCAGGCUGGUGUGGCUGGGUUUAAGUGUUUCCUGAUCCAUAGUGGAGUGGAUGAAUUUCCCCAUGUGGCUGACUGUGAUCUACACGCGGCCAUGGAGCAGCUGCAAGGCACCAGAAGUGUUCUGCUGUUCCACGCAGAGAGGGAUGUUCAAGAUACAACACAGAAGACGGCGGACCCUUGCCAGUACUCUACCUUUCUACAGUCCAGGCCUGAUGUCAUGGAGAUAGAGGCUAUCCGCACCGUCACAGAGCUCUGCCUGCAGUACAGGGUGCGGUGCCAUAUAGUUCACUUGUCGUCUGCAAAGCCGCUGAAACUAAUCCAGGAAGCGCGACAGGCCGGGGCUCCUUUAACGGUGGAGACUACCCACCACUACCUCAGCCUGUGUGCAGAAGACAUACCUGCAGGAGCCACUCAGUUCAAGUGCUGUCCUCCCAUCAGAGGAUCCAACAACCGGGAGCAGUUGUGGUCUGCACUGGAACGUGGACAAAUCGACAUGGUGGUGUCUGACCACUCCCCCUGCACCCCUGACCUGAAGAAACUGGACAGUGGAGACUUCACCGAGGCCUGGGGAGGGAUUUCUUCUUUGCAAUUUGGCUUACCUCUGUUCUGGAGUUCAGCCAGUAAAAGAGGCUUUCAGCUGUCCGAUGUUGUGAGGCUCCUCUGCCAACAAACAGCCCAGCUGUGCAGCCUUGACGAAAAGAAGGGCCGCCUCGCACCUGGCUACGACGCCGACCUGGUCGUAUGGGAUCCAGAGAGAGAGUUUCAGAUUCAGGAAGGAAGCAUUCAUCAUAAAAACAAGCUGACUCCUUACCUCGGCCUCACACUGCAAGGAGCCGUGCGUGCCACUAUCCUCCGGGGGCAACUGGUGUACAGCGAGGGCAACUUCUGCCCUGAACCUCUGGGGAAACAUUUGCUCAUCUCUCAGAGAACAAAGCAAGGCCAGCUGUGAAGGAGCUGUGACAAUAAACAUGAGUUACUGACUAAUUACACUA